UGUAAACGGAAGUAAACUAUGACCAAUAACUAUUUCCAAGUUUUUCUUGUUGUUAUUUAGACGUUUAUUAACACCAUGGAAUUCAAAAUAUGACACAUUUAACUGCUCAGCAUCACAUACUUACCCCGUGUAGUCUUUAAUUUGCGUUGGAAACAGGACUUGGUUGAUAUAUAGUAUAUAGGUGACGCUAGCUAGCUGCUAACAAUGGCUAACUGUAUGGUUUUUCACACUCAAAUAGCCUCCGUUAUGGAGAUGCUAGCGAAUGCAGCCGUGGCAGAGAUCUGUAAACUCGUAGACGACGACUAUGCAGUGUUUCGUUUGGAAAUAACUCAAAGCCAGAAAGAAAACAGGGCAUUGCGGAGGAAAUUACAGCUACAAGAACUGAAGGUGUCACGGGAGCGCGUCCUCGCCAGUCGUCCCAGUAGUAUCAAGCUUGUCAACCGAUACAGAGGAAUGGCAAGAGGUGAAGGAAAUCUCACUGGAGGCCACAGGAGCUUUGUGAAGCCAGUGGGACACAAUACAUGGAGAGACGACCAACCAAUCACUGUUGAUGAGGGGAAUGGAACCUCAACCCAGCACGUUAUUGUGAUAGAGUCUGCAGAUACAGAGGCUGCAGGUCCUGGAGUCAAGCAGGAGAUGUCUGAAGGAGAGGAGGAUCCACGACACAGCACCAACAUCCAGACUGGAGCGCCCCAUAUAGUCACGAAGGACCCCAACACCACCCCAGUGCAGCCCAGGGACAUCAGUAGAACGCCGAACGCCAUCCUCAAGUCUGAGACAGAGACUUUAACGAGGCUGGGGAGACUGGGCUGUCCUACUCCCCGCUCAGAGUUUUUACUUUACGGUAACCCGAGCCAGAGGACAGUUCUGUCCCAUCGGGACUUAGGUGAUGCGUUACAGACUGGCAAUGAUCCGACCUGUUCAUACGCUACAGAGAUGAUACCUGGUGACGUGCCUGUGGGCUUAGAUACACCGACUAAUCCAAUAAGAGGGGACUGGAACCAGUACAGUAGUAGCGUAUACUCUGAAGGGUUCCUAGAUAAGAAAGGGGAGGGUCUCGUCGUAGAUGAGGUGACUGUGAAAGAGGAGGGAGACGCUCCUCUGACAUGGAAUGAAGACGAGACUCACUUAGGAGGACAGUUUCAGGGCAACACUAGUGACUUCUUAGACUACAGGGAAAGCUUAGAGCCAAAUCCAAAUAUCGCAGCCCACUCCCCUUUACACGCGCUCAGGGAUCGCGACCCGGUGUCCACGUCGAUGGCACCUUCCGAUUCACACGGCCGCAUCCUUUUCGAUCAGGUAUUGAACUCAAACGACAAGACUAGAGUCCAGGCUCGGGAAGUGGGAGCAACAUCUGGCGGUAGUAAAGAGAAACGGUUCUUCUGCAUGUUCUGUAACAAAGGCUUCAGCUGCCCCCAGAAGGUGGAGAUCCACCAGAGGGUCCACAUAGGAGUGAAACCUUUCAGCUGUAGCCAGUGUCAAAUGCGCUUCUCCCAGGCUUGGAACCUGAAGAUCCACCAGAGGGUCCACACAGGGGAGAAACCUUACAGCUGUAGCCAGUGUCACAUGCGCUUUGCCCAGACUUGCAACCUGAAGAGGCACCAGAGGGUCCACACAGGGGAGAAACCCUACAGCUGCCCCCAGUGUGAGAAGAGGUUCUCCCAUCAGCACCAGCUGAAGAUGCACCUGAAGGUCCACACGGGAGAGAGGGCCCAGUAUUACCCCCAGACUAGCAGUAACGAGUCCUGACCUCAAUUUAAUUCCACGUGACUAACGGUAACUAGGCUACUCCAAAACUGCGCUCUGUAAAUGAAUGGCGCUGAUGGGCGUUAGAAGCCUGCAAACUUGCUAACAGCAUCAAUUCACUAAUAGCCUGAUACUCAGCGCUCUAGUUAACAUGAUAAAGUGUUGCAUUCUGAAAAUGCAGGUGUAUUGACCAUGGCAUUCAAUUUCAAGUUCCACAUUUUUGUUAUUUAAAUAGACUCACUGCUAAACUCAGCAAAAAAGAAACAUCCCUUUUUCAAGACCCUGUCUUUCAAAGAUAAUUCGUAAAAAUCCAAAUAACUUCACAGAUCUUCAUUGUAAAGGGUUUAAACACUGUUUCCCAUGCUUGUUCAAUGAACCAUAAACAAUUAAUGAACAUGCACCUAUGGAACGGUCGUUAAGACACUAACAGCUUGCAGACAGUAGGCAAUUAAGGUCAGUUCUGAAAACUUAGGACACUAUAAAGAGGCCUUUCUACAGACUUUGAAAAACACCAAAAGAAAGAUGCCCAGGGUCCCUGCUCAUCUGCGUGAACGUGCCUUAGGCAUGCUGCAAGGAGGCAUCAUGACUGCAGAUGUGGCCAGGACAAUAAAUUGCAAUGUCAGUACUGUGAGACACCUAAGACAGCGCGACAGGGAUCAUCCUCGCAAUGGCAGACCACAUGUAACAACACAUGCACAGGAUCCGUACAUCCCAACAUCACACCUGCAGGACAGGUACAGGAUGGCAACAACAAGUGCCUGAGUUACACCAGGAAAGCACAAUCCCUCCAUCAUGGCUCAGACUGUCCACAAUAGGCUGAGAGAGGCUGGACUGAGGGCUUGUAGGCCUGUUGUAAGGCAGGUCCUCACCAGAAACAACUUCGCCUAUGGGCACAAACCCACCGUCGUUGGACCAGACAGGACUGGCAAAAAGUGCUCUUCACUGACGAGUCAUGCUUUUGUCUCACCAGGGGUGAUGGUCAGAUUUGCAUUUAUCGUCGAAGGAAUGAGUGUUACACCGAGGCCUGUACUCUGGAGCGGGAUCGAUUUGGGGGCUGUCAUGGUCUGGGGCGGUGCUUCACAGCAUUAUCGGACUGAGCUAGUUGUCAUUGCAGGCAAUCUCAAUGCUGUGCGUUACAGGGAAGACAUCCUCCUCCCUCAUGUGGUACCCUUCGUACAGGCUCAUCCUGACUUGACCCUCCAGCAUGACAAUGCCACCAGCCAUACUGCUCGUUCUGUGCGUGAUUUCCUGCAAGUCAGUCUUCUGCCAUGGCCAGCGAAGAGCCCGGAUCUCAAUCCCAUUGAGCACGUCUGGGACUUGUUGGAUCGGAGGGUGAGGGCUAGGGCCAUUCCCCCAAGAAAUGUCCGGGAACUUGCAGGUGCCUUGGUAGAAGAGUGGGGUAACAUCUCACAGCAAGAACUGGCAAAUCUGGUGCAGUCCAUGAGGAGGAGAUGCAGUACUUAAUGCAGCUAGUGGCCACACCAGAUACUGACUGUUACUUUUGAUUUUGACCCUCCCUUUGUUAAGAGACACAUUAUUCCAUUUCUGUUAGUCACAUGUCUGUGGAACUUGUUCAGUUUAUGUCUCAGUUGUUGAAUCUUGUAAUGUUCAUACAAAUAUUUACAUAUGUUAAGUUUCCUGAAAAUAAAUGCAGUUGACAGUGAGAGAAUGUUUCUUUUUUUGCUGAGUUUAUUAUCUGAAACGUCUCAUCCAUCCUCCAAACCACACUCUCUCUCUUUCUGGGCUCAGAGUGAGUGGGAGAGGAGAGUAAAAUGCAUUGUGAUUGCAACAUUUCAAAUUGCAAUUGCAGGAAAAUGACAGUUUUGAAAGCAAAUAGGCCUACUGUUGUGACUGUUGGAGAGAGGAGGGUCUCAGCUCUCUGUAGUUAUUACAUUUAUUUCUCAACUCUCCAUAUGGACCGCAGAAGCACUGUUUUUUAACCAAAGUGUCUGGUAGGCUAUGGCUUUGAGAUAUAGCUUAUACUGAAACGUGCGCAGGAUGUGCACAUCUGCCAUUUGCAGUGAUUGUAUAGGCCUAUAGACAUCAUUGGGUAUACUGAAAAAGUUUUAAGACAUCACAUCAACUGUUAACUAACUACAUUAACUGUUAGAUGAAUCAAUUACACAACUAGCAGCAUAUUAUAUUUAUCAAUCUAGCUAAUGCAUAAUAGGGGGAAUUCUGACCAGAGUUAAGCAUGUGUAAAUGGCUGUAAUUCCUGUAAAGUAUGAUAAUAGCAUCUACAGGCCUCUCUCAUCUUUUUAAGUGGGAGAACUUGCACAAUUAGUGGCUGACUAAAUACUUUUUUGCCCCACUGUAAAUCUAUUUGACCUAAUAAUCGCUGGAGACAAAUGUGAAACCAGUCAUAUGGCAGCACUGUAACAUUUCUACAUAUCAACCUUCCCGCAGAAAAGUUUCUGAACUGUUGUUCCAUUAUGCCGAAUUUAAAUUGUACAGCUUUUUAACUUUCAGAGAUGGGCACUCACUAAUGUCUUAAUUUAUAGGCUACCCUGACCUUCUGUUUCCUAUUUCUAUCAUGUUAAAUAUUAACCACUAUCAGUAUCAACUGUCAGUAGGCCUAAUAACCACACAUAUUCAACUGCUAUUUUACUGUUAGUUCCCUUCAAUUGGUAUAGCCUACAUAGUCAUUACAUCGUUUAGUUUCAUUUCAUUUGCCUUCUCUGUAAACACUGUCACAACUGUGUGCUUGUUGCUGGGGAUCAUUAGUAACAGUUGAUCAUGUCAACAACAACAAAAGUAGGCUUAUUAAGGCAAUUAAAGCACUGUUUUCUUUCUUU